AUGAAAUCACAAAUAAACUAUCCCGUAAGACCAAAUAGUUCCAAUUUAGAGUAACAGACAUAAAGUUAACAUAAUGUGAGGUAGAAUGGGCAAUUUUUACAAACUCUGAAAAGCCUUCAUAAACAAAUAGAAGAACUGAAAGAUAAUUAAUAGAAUGUGUCUCAAAGUCUGGUGAGUAAUUUCACUAAUAUAAAUAAAAAAAUAGAUGCUAUGGAAACCUUGAUUAAUGAAUUAACUAAUCAGCCUUUUAAAUCUACUAUGGAUAUUCCUAAAAAUGUAGGUAUUGGUAUCGGGCUUUUGAAAUCAUAAUCCGCAAAUACAAAUAGUACUAGAAGACCUAAAAUUACUGAAAUUAUUUAGGAUUAGAAACAGAAUUAAGUAGAAUAAUCCUUUUCUUUUUAAAAGGCUGAGAAUAGUUAAUAAAUAUAUGCUGAUAACAAUAAAAGUCUAGUAGAAAGCAAGCAAAUUAAAUUUAUUUAUUCGGCUGUAAAAAGCUCUUAAUCAAUAUCCAACGAAUUUAGAUAAUAAAAUAUGUAACUUAAUAAGAAUGUGAAACUAAAUUAGAAUCAAUAUAAAUAAUGCGAUUUAUGUAAAGGAAAAUUUAUUGAUUUAAUUGAGACUCCUUGCCAUCAUUUCCUUGAUAAAAAAUGCUUAAAAGCAUAAUUUGAUUAAUAAUUAAUGAAUUAUGAUCAGAUCUAAAAAUUUUAUUGCAUCUGCAAAAAAGAAUUAUAUUUAAACUUCAUUAUAAAACAUUUAUAAUUAGAUGGAGAAAAAUGGUUCCAAAAAUAAAUAAACAUUAUUUAUCAAAAAUAUUAGCCAAGAUUUAAAUAAUGUAAAUAUUGUAAAAUAUUUUGGAUUUAUGAUCUUUAUCAGAAAACUAAGGAUAGUUGUUUCCAUUGUGGAUAAAUUUGUUAAGCCUGA